AUGUCGCUAGCAGAUUUCUGCAAUUUACUUUUGAAGCAGCUGCAACGGCGAGCCUCCAAGCGUCUCACAACUGCACAUCGUGCUAAAGUUACACGAAAGGUUCACGAACACCAUCGCCGAUCUUCUUCAAAAUCAAAACCUGGGCGAAGAAAGGAUCCUGGCAUCCCAAAAGAGCUUCCGUUCCGUGAUGCUGUCAUAGCAGAAGCCAUGGCCGCACGUGCGAGCUCCAAGGUCAAACGGUCCGCGCUUACAGCUAACAAAGGGUCAGAUACCGACUUAUGUCCGAUGUAUACUUCUAUGUCGGUGGAGGGCAGCCUUUGUAAUGAUUCUAAUUUAAAGCCAGCGUCUGAGCCUCCUCAUGCAAAGACCAAUAUUCGCAAGAAUGGCUCUAAACGCAUUUCAGAUCCUGUUGAAGCUGUGCGUAAGGAGAUCUGGGGCCAAAUUUCUCCAGAUAGCCUUCAGGCUCAUUAUGGUCUUGUGGGAUCUAUGGCGCCGGAUUCACCCGAAGCAUUUCUGCGAGCUCUUGCUCGCUCUACAGGGCGAAUGCGGAAGGGCGGCAUUCCAGAUCUCCCAGCCGCCGCAAGAAAUGUUCUCGAAGAUGCCAGCAGCGGAAAGCUUCGCUUGACCGGGCUUGUUGGAAAGAGCAACCCAAUUUGUGCAAGAAAGGAUGGGUCAGACGGUAUCAAAGGUGACAUUGGCACCGCCGAUGGUAUCUCCUCUACCGUGACCACUACUGCAGUACUUUCAACGCUCUCUCCAGAGUUUAAAAUCGAAUAA